CGCAUCGCCGACCGGUACUACCUCCUGGCCGUGGACAGGCAGUGGCACUCUUCGUGCCUGCGCUGCUCCGAGUGCCGCGUCACCCUCGCCUCCGAGCAGACAUGCUUCAGCAGGGGCGGCCACAUCUUCUGCAAGGAGGACUACUACAGGAUGUUCGCGGUGAAGCGGUGCGCGCGCUGCCAGACGGCCAUCUCGUCGUCGGAGCUGGUGAUGCGCGCGCGCGAGCUGGUGUUCCACCUGCACUGCUUCACCUGCGCCACGUGCGGCACGGCGCUGGCGCGCGGCGACCAGUUCGGCGUCAGCCCCGGCGGCUGCCACGUCCCCGACGGCAACGGCGCGGGCCUGGGGGCGGGCGGCCCGAGGCCGGCGUCGUGGCAGGCGUACUGCCGGCCGCACUUCGAGCAGCUGCUGGCGGCGUGCUGCGAGGCCCACCCCGGCAUGAAGGGCAGGCCGCGCAAGAGGAAGCUGACGCCAGUGCCGCCCGUGUCCCCGCUGCCCAUCGGCGCCGACCUGGGCCACCACCAGCACCUCGCCAUGCGCCUGUCCGGGCUGUCCGGGCUGUCCGCGCAGGCCCUGGAGAUGGCGGCGAAGGGCGAGCUGUCCUCCAGCGUCGACUCCCUGGGCUACGACUCCGGCGUGCUGCCCCAAGACCUGUCCUCGGGCAUGGAGUCCUUGUCGUACGACUGCGGCGUCGGCUCGCCGGGCUCGCUCAGCGUGCAGGGGCAGCAGCGGACGAAGCGGAUGCGCACGUCCUUCAAGCACCACCAGCUGCGCACCAUGAAGUCGUACUUCGCCGUCAACCAGAACCCCGACGCCAAGGACCUCAAGCAGCUGGCGCAGAAGACGGGGCUGUCCAAGCGCGUCCUCCAGGUGUGGUUCCAAAACGCGCGCGCCAAGUGGCGGCGCAACAUGAUGCGCCAGGAGAACGGGCAGCAGGCGUCUGGCGGCCCCCACGGCGGCGGCCCCCAGGUUGAUCCGUAA